AUGGAGCAGUGUCGGAAGAAGGAAGAGGAAGGAUGGAGGAAGUCUCAUGGCAUCGUCAUUAUCGGUGGCGGCAUCGGCGGCCUUGCUACGGCUCUCGCUCUGCACAGGAAAGGGCUAAGUAGCCUUGUGUUGGAGAGGUCCGAGACUGUCAGAACGGAUGGGGUCUGCAUCGCCGUUCAUGCCAACGGAUGGCGCGCUCUGGACCAACUUGGGAUUGGUACAGAGCUUAGGGAGACUACCAACUCAAUUGCUUGUAAUGGAUGUCAAAUCGAUGGUUGGAAAGAGAAACAAGAAAAAUCUUUGAACCCGUACAAGACCUUCAAACCCAUCGACACAGACUCCGGCAGCCACGGCACCCUUAUCAGCACAGUGGGCGGCAUUGGUCAGGGUGGCUCGGCCGCGCUGGAGGACGCCGUGGUGCUUGCCCGGUCGAUUUCACGGGCCCUGCCAGGCGGGGUCCAUGCGGUGACAAGUGAUCUGGAACUGCAUAAGAAGAUCAGUGCGGCGAUGGGGAAGUACGUGAGGGAGAGGAGGGCAAGGGUUUUUACGCUGUCUCUCGAGGCUUUCGUUACGGGAGCCUUGCUAACAGCAAAAUCACUUGCGAAGUACCUUGUCUUGGUGCCCAUCUUGGUUCUUCUUGGCAGUGAGUCACGUCGCCAUACUAACUACGACUGCGGUCGUCUCUAG